UAAAUUCAUUUGUUUUUAAAACAAUAAUAGCACACUCUUUGUGAUAAAAAAAAGAAACAAUUAUCUAUUGUUUAAGAGAAAUUUUCUUCUUGUCAAUUUUUCUUUUUAAUACUAAAUAUUAUUAUAUAGUUUAGAUUGAAUAUAAAGUCAAUGACAUGGUAUCGUGCGACGAAACAAAACUUGAACUUGUGCCAGUUAAAGGAAAAGGUGGCGGAAAAGAAGAAUCUGUUGUUUUUGUUGAACAGUUUGUUAAAGAAGUGCGUGAUUUUAGUUCACAGUAUGGAAGCAAUAUUAGUAUAUCGUAUACGGCUUAUAAUAUUGCCGGAAAUCCGAGUAAAUUUCCAGAUUAUGGAGAUUUUCCUCAAGCUUUUGUGAUGAGAACGUAUGGACAAUGGUGGGAUGAAGCGCCAUCGAAAUUGACUGAUUACAUGCCACAAAACAACGAAUCACCAUUUAGUCACGAUUAUAUAGAUGUUGAAUAUUAUCAAGAAGUCUAUCCCAUUAGAAUUUCCGUUUACGAGACAUACAAUCCAGGAAGCGUCGUUAGAAUCUGGGCACGUGAUGGUAGCGGACAGUGGUUUCAAUUGUGGAGUGGACCUCCACAGAUUGUUCCUCCAAAGUCACGAAUAUUCUCACCGCCUCUCCAACUAUGUAAUUUCAAAACAAAAAUGCUGCGAUUGGAAUUCAAUCACAGUCUCUUGGAUUAUUAUACUGAACUAGACGCUGUACUGUUGAUCGGUACAACUGAAUUAAUUCUUCCACACGUUGGCUUUCAAAAUCGAAGUCUCAGUAUUUUAUUGCGUGAAUUAGGUGGCACUGGAUCUAAUAAGGAAGAUUGCCUUAAUCUCACACCCGAUUACUUAAAAGCAAAUCACGAUUUGAAGGCACUCAAAAACAGUCUUCAUAAACAUUGUGUUCUUUACAAGAGCAAAGUUACCGAUAAGCUACCUAAGGGGAAACUAGCAGCUAAACUUGGAUUACAUUGUCAUUACGUUCCACCUAUAGAAGAAGCUUUCAAUAGUUUGCAGCAUUUUUUGCAAGAAGAAUUUCCAAAGUUAAUAAGAGAAAUAAAUCGAUCUUCUCUAAAUUCAGUUGCAGCUGAUAGUGAUUUAUCUCCUUGUUCGAGCAGCGUUGAUCAGAAGACUUGCGGCAGCUUUUCUGUUCUUCCCGAUGAAACUGUAUUAAAGAUAUUGAAAAACUUGGACCUUCGAUCUCUUUCUCGAUGUUGCAAAGUGAACAAACACUUCAACAAUAUUGCAAGAGAUGCUUUACUUUACACUAGUCUGAACUUGAAACCUUAUUGGUAUUGUAUAGACGCGACGGCGUUACAAAUUCUAGCUCCUAGAUGUCAGUAUUUACAACGAUUGGACCUUUCCUGGUGUGGAAAUUACGAUGCAAUUAGUAGUCAAGAUUUUGUGGAUUUUCUACAAAAUUCCGGUAAUCUUAUAACCCAUCUUCGUCUUAAUUGCUGUCGAUUUGUCAAUGAUUUUGUCAUACGAGAAAUAGCACGAAUCUGCAAAAAUCUCAAAGAGCUGUGCCUGAGAAAUUGUACUGAAAUUACUAACAAUGGAUUCGCGGAACUCGGAAGUUUGCAGGCACUUGAAAGACUGGAAUUAUAUAGGACGAAUAUUGAGACAAACAAUCUUUGCGCGAUUCUACGCAAGAAUUGCAAUAUUCGACAUUUGAAUUUAGCUGGAAUGCAUGAUCGUUUGAAUAUGGAUAAAGUGGCCAUAGAAAUAGCCAAUUCCUGUGCGAAUUUGGAAAGCAUUGAUUUCUGGAAGGCACAAACUCUUACACCUCAAGGAGUUAGAGCAUUGACCCGAUGUGUUCAUCUUCGUGAAGUGGAUUUUGGUUGGUGCAGUGGAAUGGGCGUAGCGGGCGACUCGUUGAGAGCUUUCUUCACGUCAUGCAGACAACUUGAGAAAGUCUUUCUAACAGCACUGAGAGGUCUUACAGAUCGUGAUAUUGAACCAUUACUCCUGUGUCAAAGAUUACAACAAUUGGAUGUCAUGGCUGCUCGUUCGCUCAGUCACGAUAUAUUUCUACGAUUUCUCCUCUGUUGUCCUGAAUUAAAAAUGAUGGACCUAAGUUUUUGCGAUGGAAUAAGCGACGUUAAAGUUCAAGAAUGGCGUCAACUUUAUCCACAUGUUUCGAUCAAAAAAAGUUUUCAAGCACGAUUCUACUUCUCGUGAAAUAAUUAUUGAUUUCUUAUAUAUUCAAGAAACAACAAAUUUUUAUAAAUUUAUACACAUACGCAAGUCUGAAUAUAUAAUGUAGGACUAAAAAAAAGACUCAAAAAAGCAACAAAAAAAAAUUGUACCUAGUUUUAAAAAAUAUUAUUUCGAGUUUUUCUCGCUAAAUUGUAUUAAUUUCAUUCCAAAAGUGUAAGUAUUGCACGUUGUUCAUAAAUCAAAUUGUUUUUUGUUUUAAUUAAAAAUUAAUUUAUCUACUGUAAUUUAUUGAAAGUGUUUUAAAAAAAUAAUUUGAUGAAAUCAACUGUUGUACUCGCUUUAAUUAUACGUUGUGAAGAAAAUUUUUUACUUAUAUACUCACAAGGAAAACAAACCUUGAAUGAAAAGGUUCUUUAGGUAUAUUUGAUUGUAUUUCCAUUUUUAUAAUUCUUUAAAAAACUUCUUUUAAUAUUUUAAAAUAGUAAUAAAACUCAGGUAAAAUGUAUACUUAUUUUUUAAAGAACUAAUUGAAAAUUUCCACAAGAUAAAUGUUAAAAAUAGUUUUAAAUUAAAAUUU